GGCUAUUUAAUCUAUGUAUUUAUUUUCAUGUUUAUAGUUCAAUAAUAUUUUCUCAAUAUAUGCUACUCUUCUAAACUAUAAAUUGCUAACUAUUCCGCUAUCAUUGGGAAACAGCAAUCGCACACCUCUACAAGUUUCAUCCUCAAAGGUGUUUUGACUCCAUCAGCUACAAUGAGAACAAGCCUCAUAUUUUGCCUUUUGGCACCUCUUGUAGCGUCGUUGCCGGCUGAGUUUAUUCAGCUGGAGCCAGAUCUGGCCGCACGUCGUGUCAACAUCACCGAGCGAACAGCCGAUCUCGAAGAUCGUCAAGCUUCUGUGAGCAUCGAUCAGCGCUUUAAAAACCGGGGUAAAAUUUAUUUCGGAACUGCCACUGAUCGUGGCCUUCUGCAACGAGAUCGAAAUGCAGCCAUUGUCCAAGCAAAUCUUGGGCAAGUGACGCCAGAAAAUAGUAUGAAAUGGCAGUCGCUUGAGCCCAAUCAAGGACAGUACAACUGGGGGGAUGCAGAUUAUCUCGUCAACUUUGCGCAGCAAAACGGCAAGGUUAUACGUGGGCAUACACUUAUUUGGCAUUCGCAGCUCCCCAAUUGGGUCAACAAUAUUAAUAAUGCAGACACUUUGCGCCAAGUCAUCCGUACUCAUGUUUCUACUGUUGUUGGGCGAUAUAAAGGAAAAAUUCGUGCAUGGGACGUGGUAAAUGAGAUUUUCAACGAAGAUGGAACACUUCGCUCUUCUGUCUUUUCCAGAUUAUUGGGCGAAGAGUUCGUGUCCAUUGCUUUCAAAGCUGCCCGAGACGCUGAUCCGUCCGCUCGUCUCUAUAUCAAUGAUUAUAACCUUGAUAGCGCCGGAUAUAGUAAAGUUAAUCUAAUGAGAUAUUAUGUCGAUAAAUGGAUUUCUCAAGGAGUCCCAAUUGACGGUAUCGGAACUCAAACUCAUAUUGGUGCUGGAGGAGGCUCGUCUAUACUAGGCGCUCUUCAGCAGCUAGCUACUGCGCCUGUUACCGAAUUGGCUAUCACUGAACUCGACAUCGCAGGAGCACCAUCGAAUGACUAUACAGCCGUAGUUCAAGCAUGCUUGAAUGUCUCCAAAUGCAUUGGCAUCACCGUUUGGGGUGUUAGUGACAAGGACUCGUGGCGCACCGGCGCCAAUCCCCUUUUAUUUGACAGCAACUUCAAUCCCAAAGCUGCAUACAAUGCCAUUGUGAACAUUUUGUAAUGAGC